CUAAUCUUCAAAAAGCACCGCAGCAGUCGGUAGUCAGGUCAUUUGAGUAAUGAUCCGAAGCCUCCACCUAGGACAGAUGUUGGCUCUAAAGGCCUGAAAAUUAACCUGGAGACAAACUAUUUUCCAAUCAGUGUUAAAAAUAAGUUUGCAGAACUGGUUCAUUAUGAAGUCUCUCUAAAAAAACACAACAAAGAUGCAAAUCUUCCACGAAAAACGAAAAUGGAGAUAUUUGAAAAAAUGAAGAUGAUAUAUGAAAAGGAUUUCAAGAAUUACCCACUUGCUUAUGACUCAGAAAGGAAUGCAUACAGUGUGGGUGUCAUCCCUGCUCUUCAAACUCCUGAUUGCCAGAGUACUUAUGAGAUUGACCUUGAGGAAUCAGAUGGCAAGAGGACACAAUACAAAAUUUCACUAAUGGUGAGACAUCGUGCCAACCUCCAGGAACUUACGGAGGCACUUAACUGCUCUGCUCGUGAACAGAAGACACUUCCAUUAAACAUAUUUCAGAUGGUUGAAGUAAUGUUUCGUCAUUAUCGGGCCAUUAAGUAUGAAUUGGUUGGUCGUCGUAACUUCUACUCGGCAGGAGGAGAGUUUGGAACGCCAUAUCCAAUUGGAUGUGGCAAGGAAGGUGUGACUGGUUUUUUUGGGUCGAUGAGGCCUGCAUCUUGGAAGGAUGGAUCUCUCUUACUGAAUAUUGAUGUUGCACACACAGCAUUCUAUAAAGAACAACCUCUUCUGAACUUUAUUCAAGACUUCAUGAAUUUUAGGGAAGAUGAUUUUCAUAGACCAUUAGAGCCAUUUAAACGAUCAAAACUUUUGCAAGAACUAAGAAAUAUUAGGGUGCAAGUUACACACUCCAAUAUCCCUCGCACUUACAAGAUUAUAGAUGUUUCAGAACAUUCUGCUGAGAAACAAACAUUUCCUUUAAAAGAUGAGAAUACUGGGAACACAGUUUACUGCACCAUUGAAAACUACUUCAAGAACCAAUAUGGAAAAAAAAUUAAGUUUCCAAAGUUGAACUGUGUACAAGUGUCUCCUGCUGAAAGGAAUGUGUUUAUUCCAUUUGAG